AUGUUUGGCAGCCUCAAACUCUUUACUGGAUCGCCAACUCAAGGAAGCAUCAACGACGCAAUGAUGAGGGACCAUCGCACAUUAUCGGAGACGCCAGACAAUCCUCAUGUCAAUGUCGACCUCGACCCUUCGCUCAAGGCAGAACCUGGAUCAGCUGAUCCCAUAUCGCCCACAGAUGUCAUGAAACGACAACUCCUCCCCGACCCCGUCGUCUCAAGCGAACUGAAAGCGGGCCAACAACCAGCAACCAAUUCAGACCCAGAAGUUAUCCGGGAGAAGAAGGAGAUGCAGGAUGAGCUGCAGCAGAAGGUUACUGAGAAGCAAUGA